AUGGUUCAGACAAUGUUAUCAUCCGCCCCGGUUGUAGUUUUUAGCAAGACCUACUGUCCGUACUGCAAGAUAGCCAAGGACGCCUUGCAGAAGGCGGUGACCGACGAAUACGUCAAGGUGUACGAGCUGGAUACCAUGUCGGAAGGCAGCUCGAUUCAGGCUCAGUUGCCUGCCUUAUCCGGCAUCAAAACAGUGCCGCAGGUGUUUUUGAACAAAGAGUUCAUUGGCGACGGUUCAACGAUUGCUGCGAUGUAUAAAACUGGCGAGUUGACGGAAAAGUUGCGAAAAGCAGGUUUAUUGAACUAA